UCACCCCCACCCCACCACGCCACCACUGCACCCUCGUAUCUCUCUCCCAAUCACUCUCUUUCUCUCUCCAAAACACAAAACAAACACACACCAAGAUGAGAGAGAUCCUUCACAUCCAAGGAGGCCAAUGCGGCAACCAAAUCGGAGCCAAGUUCUGGGAAGUCAUCUGCGCCGAACACGGCAUCGAUUCCACCGGCCGUUACCAAGGCGACUCCGACUUACAACUCGAACGAAUCAACGUCUACUACAACGAAGCCAGUUCUCAGCGUUACGUUCCCAGGGCUGUGCUCAUGGAUCUGGAGCCCGGCACUAUGGAUAGUCUCCGAUCUGGGCCGUACGGGCAGAUCUUCAGGCCUGAUAACUUUGUGUUUGGUCAGUCUGGUGCUGGUAACAAUUGGGCUAAAGGUCACUACACUGAAGGCGCUGAGUUGAUUGAUUCUGUUCUCGAUGUUGUCCGGAAAGAAGCCGAGAAUUGUGAUUGUCUUCAAGGAUUUCAGGUCUGUCAUUCACUUGGAGGUGGAACAGGAUCGGGGAUGGGAACUCUACUGAUUUCAAAGAUCAGGGAGGAGUACCCUGACAGGAUGAUGCUUACGUUCUCUGUGUUCCCUUCGCCCAAGGUGUCCGAUACUGUUGUGGAGCCCUACAAUGCAACCCUUUCUGUUCAUCAGUUGGUUGAAAAUGCAGAUGAGUGCAUGGUUCUUGAUAAUGAAGCUCUUUAUGACAUUUGCUUUCGCACUCUUAAGCUCACUACACCUAGCUUUGGUGAUCUUAACCAUUUGAUUUCGGCCACAAUGUCUGGUGUGACAUGCUGUUUAAGGUUCCCUGGUCAGCUGAACUCUGAUCUUCGGAAGUUGGCUGUGAAUCUUAUCCCCUUCCCUAGGCUGCAUUUCUUUAUGGUUGGAUUUGCGCCAUUGACCUCUCGUGGUUCACAGCAGUAUCGCUCAUUGAGUGUGCCUGAGCUAACCCAGCAGAUGUGGGACUCGAAGAACAUGAUGUGUGCAGCUGAUCCUCGCCAUGGUCGUUACUUGACAGCCUCUGCUAUGUUCAGGGGAAAAAUGAGCACAAAAGAGGUUGAUGAGCAGAUGAUCAAUGUCCAGAACAAAAAUUCCUCUUACUUUGUUGAGUGGAUUCCAAAUAAUGUCAAGUCAACUGUUUGUGACAUACCACCCACUGGCUUGAAGAUGGCAUCUACUUUCAUCGGGAACUCAACUUCUAUCCAGGAAAUGUUUAGGCGUGUGAGUGAACAGUUUACAGCUAUGUUCAGGAGGAAAGCUUUCUUGCAUUGGUAUACUGGUGAGGGUAUGGAUGAGAUGGAAUUCACUGAAGCCGAAAGCAAUAUGAACGAUCUUGUUUCGGAGUACCAGCAGUACCAAGAUGCCACAGCUGAUGAGGAAGAGUAUUACGAAGACGAAGAGGAGGAAGAGGCACAAGGCAUGUAACUGAUAAAGGCAAGUUGAAGCGGAAUGGUGGUCUUGAAUGGAAUUUGCAUGCUUGCAACUUUCUGUUGCCUCUUGCUAAUCUUCUUCAAUAAUAUUAUAUCUUAUUAUUAGGCUAUUAAGGUGUAGUUUAAUUUUCUAUAAUACAAUUUGCUGCAGACCCUACAAUGGAUUCUAAAAUUCUAUGUUCCUUUGUUCAGUUUAAUCUAUGAAUGUUUAUUAUCCA